CGUUGAAAAAAUAAGAAAGAAAACAGAAAAAUUCUUUGCUUUGCAACAAAGGCAGAAAAAAAAAACAAACAAAAGGCUAAUUCGGAGCUCUCCUCCACACCUUUCUUCUUCUUCUCCGCAACCAUCAAACAAACCAAAAAAAAACAACAACCAAAAAUUUCCCAGAAAAUCAGAUAAUUCUUUCAUCUUCUUUGAGAUCAUCGGUGAAAAUAACUCAUUCAUCAGCUCAAAAUCAGAAAAGCUGAUUCUUUUCCGAUAAGGAUCAUUUCAAUUCCAAUUUCUUCCUUUGUGAGCUGAUCGAUCGGUUUUGCCACCAAAUUAGCCGACGAAAAGGGUUUAGUUUCUUUGCGAUCUAAGGGGUUCCGAUGGCGGGAUUGGAGAAAAACUCUGAUUUCUCAGGGAAGACGAAAUCGUCAACCACGUCGACGUUCUUCAACAGGUCCCUUACAAUUCACGGGAGGACAGCGGCGGAUUCAAACCCUAAACCCCACAAUCUCAACCCUUCUCUUAACCGUACAACCUCAAUCACCAAAUUCUACACCCCCGUAGAAUCAGUAAGCACUUCUCUCAAAGGAAAAGUCAAAAACCUCUGUAAACUGUUCGAGGCUUCGAAACCUUCGAAACCAUCUCCUCCACCUGAGAUUCCUCAGAAACAGAAAUCAGGGAAAUCGCUUUUAUCAGAAUCGCGUAUAUCGCCGUUUUCGACGUUAAACAACUCUGUGAUACGUCUCCCAGGGACAGAGGAUAGGAUUGUGGUGUAUUUCACUAGCUUGAGAGGGAUUAGGAGAACGUUUGAGGAUUGUUAUGCUGUGAGGAUGAUCUUUAGAGGGUUUCGUGUUUGGAUCGAUGAGCGUGAUGUCUCCAUGGAUAUAGCUUACAGGAAAGAGUUGCAGAUUGCAAUGGGUGAAAAGAGUGUGUCUUUGCCUCAGGUGUUUAUUAUGGGGAAGUAUGUUGGUGGUGCUGAUGUGGUCAAGAGUUUGUUUGAGAUUGGUGAGCUUGCUAAGAUUCUUAAAGAGUUUCCUAUGAGACAACCAGGGUUUGUUUGCAAUUGUUGUGGGGAUAUUAGAUUUGUUCCUUGUUCCAAUUGUAGUGGUAGCAAGAAACUGUUUGAUGAGGAUGAAGAUAGACUCAAGAGGUGUCCUGACUGCAAUGAGAAUGGUUUGAUUCGUUGUCCUCAUUGUUCAUCUUGAGAUGAUCUCAUCACCAUCAACCUAUUUAUUCUCUCUUUUGAUAUGUCCAUUGUUGUGUUAGUAGAAUUGUGAAUGAUGCUACGAGUAUCCGAAAAUCUCUUUUGGAUCAGCAGCAUUUCACUUUUGGGUUUUUUUUUAAGGUUCUUGCGAUCAACGGUGUUUGGGAAUGCUGUUUGAUCGUGGCUUUUAGUUCUUAUGUAUGCUUGCUACUAAGGACUAAUGUAAUUUGUGUAGUCAAAAUGUCUGAAACCGGUAGUAAGCAUUUUGAUGUUUCGUGUGUCAAUGUUGUGAAAGACAACUUUGUUCGUAUGCUAUUAUAUUUGAUUGUAAAUACUUUAGUGUGUUUAUGGGUAUUAUGUUGAGUACGA